AUGAGUGAUUUAGAUAAAUCAGUAUUCAAAGACCGAAAAUUACGUAUACGUUUCCAUGUUCCCUUCACCCCUGGCCCCCGUUUCCCUCGCCUUGGAUCUAUAAAGCAUCAUGCAAAAAAGGAUACUUUGGCCGAGGAAACAAGUCCACCAAGCGACGAUGAAGAAGAUGAGGUCACAUCGGCUGGCAAUACCCCACGUCCUGUUGACCAGGAGUCCCCUUCAUCUAACAUCCAGUUUUCUGAGUCUGUGCUUUUUGUGAAAGGUAUGAGACAUAAAGUGAGAGAAGAAAAGAUCAUGCUGUACUUCAAAGAGUUUAACCCCAUGGAAGUAAUCAUACAAAAGCCUCGUGGUAUCAUGAAAGGAUUGAAGUCUCGCGCGUAUCAUAGUUUGGUUUUGUUCGAUCUUCCAUUUGGCGUAAAAUUAGAUAAAGUGAUUUCUGAAUGCAAAGGUCGCUUGUUUGACGGUUAUCAUCUUACCUUGAUGAGGGCGUUUGCUCUGAGGGAAAAAUUAUUUAGCCUUCAGGUUCCUGUCGAGCCUCGUCUCCAAGAUGGCGAAACCGCAUUGUCACUCCAGGCUUUGGGGCCCAGUACGCCGGUUACUCCUAUCGCUACAAUAGAAAAUACUUAUCACCGGGUAACCCGACCCAAAGGUAGUGACGAGAAAGUGCAAUUGGAAGCACCACAACAUAAGGAUGAGAAUUUGCAGUCUGCUAAUUCAGUUGAAGCUGUUUACGCUGAACUGAAGCUGAAUGAAAACGACUCCCACGAAUCUUCAGCGAGGAUGGAAAAUAAUGCUGGUGCCAAAAAGUUCUCCGAUGAAGUAGUUGAUCUGCCAGUUGCGGCUGUCGCGAGUGAUGAUACAUCUAAUGUGAUUAUCGAGGAUGGCACCCACGUCGAAAGGACGAAAACACCUGGGGUUAACUCGUUUAAAAAAACCGAAAGUGAUGAUCAGACGACUAAUUCGAAGGGGGAGUCCCAUGAUAGAGCAGAAGUGGCAGUUGGUUCAACUAAGUCGAAGGGGGAGUCCCAUGAUAGAGUAGAAGUGGCAGUUGGUUCAGUCUGUAAUGACUCGAACAAGAUCAUCGUGCACGCGGAAGCAGUGGUGGAGCCAAUAUGA